UAUCUGUUGCAUAAUGACAGUCGGAUUUGUUUUAUAGAGUUGGAAACGGAUUCUGAAAACAGCUGAUAAAAAUAAUUUAGUUUACGUAUUGUUAAUCUUACGGGCACAAACAUGGCAGAAAUACAAACUCUUAUGGAGAUGGGCUUCCCAAAAGAAAGAGCGGAGAAGGCUUUAGAGGUUACUAACUUCAAGGGCGUUGAGCCGGCUAUGGAGUGGCUGUUAGCACACGCUGAUGACCCUGUGGAAAGCGUUGGGCAUACGAUUGACUCGAGUUCACAGCCGGAAGCGGCUGCUGUCGAACCGGCGACGUCCACAGACGCCCCACAGGCAUCAGAGGCCCCGGCAGCUGAAGCGAAGUCUUUCAAAUGUGAUGAAUGCGGAAAACUUUUUAAGAAUCAGGACGAAAUGGAGUUUCAUGCAGCAAAGACUAAUCAUAGCAGUUUUUCGGAGUCCACAGAAGAAAAGAAACCUCUCACAGAAGAAGAGAAAAAGGCACAACUUGCACUACUUGAGGAGCGGAUGAAACAGAAGAGAAAGGAGAGAGAGGAAAGGGACAAGGCUGAGGCUUUGGAGCGCGAGCGUCUGCGCAUAAAGUCUGGUAAAGACAUGCAGGAUGCGAGGUUGCGGUUGCAAGAGCAAGAAAUGCAAAAACUCGUGGAGCAGCGUCGGCGUGAGAAGAUAGAAGACCAAAAGGCGCGAGAACGUGUGCGAGCACAGAUUGAAGCAGACAAGCAGGCUCGAAAACUAGCAGCAGCAGGGCAGCCGAUCCCGGAGGCGGCGCCAGCGCCAGCGCCGGCACCCGCGCCCGCGCCGGCCGCCGCCGUGCCGCGGCCGAGCUACGAGCAGGCGCGCAUACAGCUGCGCCUGCCCGACGGCUCGGCGCUCGCGCACACCUUCGGCGCCAAGGAGCAGCUCGCCGCCGUCAAGCUGUACCUACAGAUGAACUCCCAAGGCUACGCUUCCGACGACAGUUUCAAGCUCAUGACUACUUUCCCCAAGAAGAUAUUUACGCCCGAAGACUAUGAGAAACCGCUGGAGUCACUAGGACUGGUACCAUCUGCGGUGAUAAUAGUCUCUCGAGGUCCAUAAAGACAUACUCAAUCGCGCUCCAUUUUUUAUAUUUAAUUUAUAAAAGAAUUUGUACUGAUUUGGGAUUGUAUGAACUAAGUUAAUGGUGGUUUAUUAUUAGUAUUACUAUUGCUAGUAAAUAAAGUAUCUUGUUUCUCUUCAUAA